UCCCCUUGUGCCUGACCGAGCAGCGCCCCUUCGCCAGCGUCAUGAACAGGUCCUCCUUCCUCGCUCUCCUCGUGAUGACGACCCUCCUGCUGGCGUCUUCUCCCGCCGAAGCGCGCGCCGCCGUCCUCUGGAGGGCCGAGAGGUCGCCUCAGGGGUCAUCUGCGGCUGCGGCGGUGGCGGCUGCGGGCUUGGGAGGAUCGUCCUCCUCGGCGGCAGCGUCUUCAUCAUCCUCCGGAGGGCAUGGAGGAUCCUCGUCGUCGGCUGCGGCUGCGUCGUCUUCGUCGGGUUAAAGGGCGUCAAGGAGGAGGAGUCGCUAAGGCAGUUGAAGAAGGAAAAGAAGCUGGAGGACGAGGAGUUCACUGAGCAACAGCUUGAUAAACAAGAUCUAGUGAAACCAACAAUGAUAACAACAAGAGAGAUGAAAAGACAAAUCCAAAAGUCUUGUAUGUAUUCCAUUUCGUUUUCAAUAAAUUAGCCACCAUGA